GCUGUAUUUGUGUGUGUGUCUGCGGCUUGACUGGAAGGAGCUACAGGCCAGCCUGUUGCGCACUUAGCGGCACACACAGACAGAGCGCACAACAGCCGCGUGGAUGGACGGAGCCACUAAAGGACUUCCCUUGCUGACUUUUACAGGCAAUGUUAUGAUUGGAUACCUAUUGGGUCGGCGUUUCUUCUAAUUUAACGAGGGCUCAUUACAACGUGCCACCUCUGACCGGAUAUAGCCUUUACGCAUCCCGGGAGCCGGGGCAAAAAAGGGAUUCCCCAGAUUUUCACAGCAGGGAGCAACAGAAAUCCAAGAGCCAUAAAAACCAGCAUCUGUCUCUGCUGGCAUUUUCCAAAGAUGCUCAACAAUGCCAUAAAGACCUGAAGCCCAACAACCCAUGUGUAUCCCACCGAACACACUGAAGAGUUUCAGACACCAGUGUUGUGUGUGUGUGUGUGCUGAGUUUAAGCACUGUGGAUCUGAGGACUUAAGCUCAAGAGUAUGGUCCAACUGUCCACCUCAGUCUACUUGCUGGGAGGCCUUUUGGGCCUGUUUCUGCUAUCACCUGUUCGGGUGGCCCCGACACCAGCCAGCAUGUGCACACCCUUGAAGACGCUCAACGACAGCCUCAGCCACAGGCGACGGUACAUGAAGCACAACUUUCCCAUCAACUACACCAUCAGGGUUCAUCGGAAGGAAGUCUUUAAACCGUCAAACAUCAACUCAUUGAGGUUGCAGGUGAAGGGGUUGGAUGAGCUGGUUCUCCAGAGGUUGUGGUUCCAGGUUAACCAAGGCGUGUUAAAAAAGAUCAUCCGGGUUAUGCCAGAGAGACAUCCUUCACGUCCAUACACCACUGAGUUGGAAAGACGCUUCAGGGAUGUGGAGGGCGUCUUUGUACAGUCACAUCCCGCUGAGCUGUUCCAGCAGGAGCUUCCAGAGACUAUCCAGGAAACCUGGGAUCAUUUAACAGAAGAGUCUGACAGAGUACCAGAGUCCAGCUGGCGAUUAGCUUCCCCGAAAUCCCUCCUGGACAACUUCUGCCACACCAUGCACUGCCUCUUCAGCGAGUGCUUUGCCAGCACAGAAGCCCAGCAGGACUACUGUGCUGUUUCCCGUUGGAGGAAAGGCAGGAAAAAAGACUCCCAUCCUGAAAGCUGAGAAGAGGACUGCAGGGUGUAGUUGUCCCUCUUAAUACUGAUAAGGGAUUGAUAUCAUUAUCUCCCUUGAGCGAGAGGGAUGAAAGAACAAUCCACACGGUAACAAGAAAGUUCAGUCCUGUAUGUGAACAUCAACAAGUUUUUCCCAAAUCUACCAAACAGACCUAAGAUUGUCUUGAUGAUAUGAUGAAGACACAAACAAUGGCUCCAUCAGCCAAAGCAGACUGAUAUUGUAGAUACAGCAGCAGUGUGCGUGGCGAUUUCACGAGCAUAUGGACUUUCUGCUAAGAUGAUAUAUGAAUAAAGCUCAUUUGAGAUACAAGCUCCAACUCAGAUUUUUCCAAUUCUCUGUCACUCAGGAAGUCUAAAGUAUUUGUCCUUUGAUGGCAGGUCAGAUUGAUGCUUUGGUACUUGGGUUUCAAGUUUUUGGAAGAGAUAUGUUCAUUUUCACAUAUACGGACUAAAUUGAUCAUCAAAUCGAUGUCACUGUGGCUUUGCCAAAUCUGUUUCCCAAAAAGCCUGUGAUGUGCUCCAGUGGACCUGCAUGGGUCACCUCAGAGACCAAAAAGCAGCAGUAGGAGAGACUACACAUUGGAUUGUUAGUAUAUUGAGUAACUUCAAAUGACUUUGUACCAUAGCAAAACGUCUUUUCUAUGAGCGCCUCUUUCAAACAUCAAUGAGCUACAGCGAGAGUAAUCUACAUGAGCUGAACUUCAAACCUACAGUUAAACUGAUAACUUCUGUUUUCUCUUCCCUCUUCAAUUGUUGACUAUGCAUUUCUCACCUUAUUUUUAAGAUAUGUGCUAUAUAGGCCCGCAUUGCCUAUUCAAAAUCUGUCAAAACAAGUUUAUUCAUUUUUACCCCAUUUGUAUAUAUGUAUAUGUAUUUUUCAUGUACAAAGAGUGAGAGUUGAACCCGGACAAACGACGACAUACAAUCAUGUCUCUCCGUCCAAGUCGAGUAUUUUUAUACUUACUGUAGUUAUGUAGUUAUGGAGUUGUUGUUUUCCCCCUCGGGCAACUAUUGAAUAUUUUGAUGACAGUUAACAUUUGUUUAUACUUUAUAAUCAGGCCCCAAAUUGACAGAUUUAACUAGAAUUUAAUAAAUGUGAUAAUUAAUCUUAAAAUAAUUACAUGGAAAACUAUUUUCUAAAAUUCUGCAGUUGGGUAGGUUACAUUUCGUCAGAGCAGACAACAUUGGCAUCCCAGGCUGGUUUGGGGUGUUUUUAGUUGCUCCAUUCAGAAUUUCAGUUCUGAACAUGUAACCUGAAGCUCAACUCCAUACCAUUCCAUACUGCACUAUAAUAGAAUGGAAUAGGUAUGCUUAACAUUUCUAAUCUUUUACACUUUCAAGUUUUAGUUAUAUGACAACAAAUUCUGACUAAGAUUUCACUUCAAACAAAUCACUAUUUCCUGUCAUUAUUUUCUGUCUGAAAUUGCCUCUCAGGUUGUCAGCCUUUGUUUAUUUCAUUCCACUCAUGCAAUUCAACUCAAGGCUAUAUUGUUGCUGUUCUGUUUUGAGUAAUUAAGACAUACAAUAUAUCCGUACAGUAUAUAUCAUAGAAAUCAUACUGCAGUUUAAUAGUCACUAUGGUUAUGAAGCGCACAUAUAAAGGAUGAUGUAAAUCUGUGAUUUCUUUUUUUAAAUGAAGACAUGAAUAAUGCUUUGGGCAUAUAAAGGACACUGUCAGCCUUCUGACUGAGGCAUAAAUUGUUGUUUCAUCUAAGCAGUUAGGAGUACUCAUUAUUUUUUACUUUGUAUUUUAAUUAAAUUACAUUGUAAAUAACUGCUAUGCUUUAUGAUUUGGGUUUACCAAAAAUGAAAGGUUUAAAUUCAAUUUCUCUUAAAAAGCAAACAAAUAAAACAUACAAAGUAACUAGAAAUGUAAUUUGCAUUACAAGAAUGGCACUUACACUACACAAUUUGAAUAAGAAAUGUGGUGUUUCACUUAUAAACUUCAGGUAUUUGUCCCAAAGACAGUUUAAUAAUACUCCCAGGACUGCACAAAGUAUCUGUUUGUAAAAGCUUACUAAGUUUUAGUUCAUGUGUUUACUCCUUACUUCACAUGUUCAAGUGUUGGAAGCCUAUGUGCGUCACUCGUCAGGGGCAUAACGAUGAUGUUUAAUGAUGAUGUUGUUGAGCCUGAGUCUGAAAGAACUUUCACAGCUUUAAUGAUGUAUAAUGAUAAUUAUUGGUGUAUUGAUCUAAAUGCAGCAAGCAUAUUUUUUGUUAUACUUAAUCAUAUAUAACUUUGUGGUUGUCUUUUUGUAACCAUUAGAACAUUUUAAGGUGUAUUCAAAGAUCCCUCAUUGUGAACAUAAAGUGAUAUUUCCCAAAGCUGACUGGCAACAACAGAGAAACGAUUACUGCAAACACAUGGAUGGUUGUUGUCUGUGGUCUUUAGAAACAGAUUUUUUAUACACAAGAUAUUGAAUUUAUUUAUUUUUUUGAAAUGUAUAAUGCUAUGUGACAAUACGUUCAUGAAAUAAAUAAAAAUCAAAUAGCUAUUUUUAUCAACUAA